CCACGGCACGGCUCAGUGAGAAACAAUAAGCGUGUAUGCUGAUUUCUUUCCACUAAACGGAAUAAACUAACACACCGGCAUGGAUUUGGACUCCAUGAAAUAUGCAGAGUUGCGAAGUCUCGCCAAGGAGCUCGGACUUAAAGCAAACAUGAAGGCCGAUAAACUCCUGAAAAUGAUCAAGCAGCAUUACCAACAAGAAAAGAACAACAAGGAGGGAGAGCAGAGACAGGAUAAGGAUGCAGCUACUGUCCAAGAAGAUGAAAAUGCAGGACAAGACAGUGCUCAGGAAAAUAAAGAUGCGACUUGCAAGGGAGGCGUUUCCAGCAGCGCUGUGUUUGUGAACACACGCCGAGGCAAAGGAAACGGCACGAAGAGAAAGAUCUCUGACACUGCGACGGAGACUGGCUGUGAUGCCGAGUUACCUCCAAGUGCUGCACAGGCUGACACUGAAGUGGCUGCAUCUGCUGCACCCCGUGGUGGUCCCGGAGCAAAGAAGAGAAAAGUGUCUUCUGUCAAAGAUUCUCAGGAACCUGAGCCUCCCAAGGAGACCCAGGCCACCAGCAGAGAGCAGCAUCAGCAAGCUGACAUCAAGGACGAAGCACCUUUGCAUGAAGAUGCAGACAUUCAAAAUAUGUGUCAAGAAAAAGCAACAAGAGGGGCCAAAGCUGGUAAAAUCCCUCGUUACCAAGGCCUCCAGCAGAAGAGCAAGCCGUUGUUGAAGCCUGUCACUCCUAACUUCAAAAAACUCCACGAGGCACAUUUUAGCAAGAUGGAGUCCAUUGACUGCUACGUCCAGAGGAAGACCAAGCAGAUGGAGACCUACAGAAAUUCAGUUAAAGAACUGAAGAACCUUUCAGACAAAACUAAACUGCAGCAAGUUGAUGGCAAAACCCAAGCAACCGCAAAUCAGAGUCGUGCUUCCAUGUUCAGUCCUGCUCCGGUGAAGAGACAAGCUGAUGAUAAACGCAGACACACUUUGCUUUCAGCUAGCAAAGCUCCUCCAAAUAAACCUGCUGGGAAAGAAGAUGCUCCAUUCAGACCAUCUGUCAUUUCCACUCGCAGGAUCAAUGUUCGGUUCUCAGAAGCCACUCAUGACAAUGAGCAUAAGAGGUCUUUGGUGAAGACGCCAGCACGCAUGUCACCCUGUGUGACCUCGAGCACCCCCCAGAAACAGACCGCUGAUGCAGUGAAGCCCAGCAAUUUCAAGACUUCAACUUUCUCUGCCACUAAAACUCCAGGGCCGUUUGUUUUCACUGGCAACACAAGCACUUCAGCAACUCCAGGAACACAAAAGAAGGCGAGCUUUGAUCUGAAGGCCAGUCUGUCUCGUCCCCUCACCUACAAGCCUCAUAAAGGUAAACUGAAGCCCUUUGGAGAUUCCAAAGAAAACACAAAAGCGGUGGAAAACAAGUCUCUGAUCACAGACUCUCAUCAGAAAAAUUAUAAACAGCAUCAAGUCCAAACAAGGGAGAGCAGGAGAGCAAAACACAUGGAAGAUCGGAAGCAUAAGAAAGAGAGCAUGCUUGGGGCAAGAAGAGGCCUCGUCAUGAUGUAAAAAUACUGCGCUUGUUUGUAGCCGUUUGUACAGCCUGUUUCACUGUAAAUAUUUUUGUCGUCUGUAGCUGACACUUGAGUUUCUGCUGUGUCUUUUAGCCUGCUGUUAGGAAAGUAGACACUCUUCGUUAUCAUUCUAUCAGCCUACUGUGUUUUUAGAUUUUACGCGUUAGCUUUUUAGCUCUGAAUGAUGCAUUUAUGUAUAUUGAUGUGUAGAGAUUUGUUGUUUUGCUGCAUUUGAAAUUUGUAAUGUUCUUUAAAAAUUCGAUAUGCUUCGUUUUUUACUGUUUUGGAAAAGACUGAUGAAAGACAUUUAUUCAAAAGAUUAUCUUGUCUGCAUUCUUCAAUUAAAUUUGUUAUUGCAG